AUGGCGCGAUUUAAUCUUUGUUUCCGGGUAGCUUUUCUCGCUGUACUUCUUCCACUGACUUCAGGUGAGCUCUGCAUAACUUUAAAUCAAUUAGGAAGGUUUAAUUUUUUUAUGUUGAAAUUUACAUUUAGGGUACUUGGGUGGCGAUUUCUUUUAGUCUUGAAUACUCUAGCCGUGGGCUUUUUCCCAUGGUCGCAGGUUAAUCCUCAAUACGGACCGAAUACACAUCAGAAAGAAACGAGGGUCCGUCGGGAUUCCUAUUUUUUAAAUUAAAAUGUCAUCUCAAAAAGAAUAGUACAGUUGAAAAUAUAUUCGCUAUUACAUCAAGCUUAAUUUGGAAGCGUGGAGAAUUAUACGAAAGUAAAAUUAAACUGAAUUAUUCAGCAAUUCGAAAUACAGACGGUUCUGAAACUAUUGUUUCAACGAAGUAAUUGAGUGAUAAGAUCUGCUUCAAUUUCAGGUUAAAGCACUCUUGGAAAUUUAUUCCACCUUUCCUAUCUACUCAAAAGCUUUGAAUUUGGACCAGUCUGUACAUUUUUGCCUCCCGUCCCCAUAUUGUACAUUUACACUGAAAGUCAACUUCUCUUUGCUCGAAGGAAGGUUAAUGACCCAGGUUUCUCAAAUUCACUGCGGCAGUUUUUUUCCUUUAUUUAUAUCUUGCCUUUGAUGCAGUACAACAGUUUUUUGACUCUUGAAUCUUUCCUCAUUUUCUUUAAAAAUGGACACCUUGAAAAAUGGUAUCCAUUGUUUACAAUUUGCAGUUUUAAUGAUCACAGAUUUCUUCCUAAUUUGUAAUUAAAUUGAUAAAAAAUUUUUUGGAGGUAGACCAGCUCUAAUUGUUACUAUUUGUGACAUGGACUUUGCAUGAGACAUACCUAAUAAAGAGAUUCAAGACAUGCAUAUGUUUCUCACAUCCAACCAUUAUCCAUGUUACUAUAAUUAUUAUGACUGUGUUAUAGUGCAAAUAUAAAAAUUUUGUUUCAAUAGGGGCUUGCGUUGACUUUUACCUUGGAAUGGCAAGUGGAACAAUUCCAGAUAGUAAUAUAUAUGCUUCUUCAAUACAAAGUGCCAGCGCACCAGCCAGAAAUGGCCGACUAAACUACACAUCUGGAUCAUCAUGGUGUGCGGGAACAAGUGAAAAGAACCCAUAUUUACAGAUUGAUCUACAGACACUUCAUAUCAUCUGUGCUGUGUCUACUAAAGGGAAUUCUCAAGCAGAUCAGUGGGUGAAGACCUACACUCUACUAUUAUCUACAGAUGGGAUAACUUGGACAAACUAUAGCGAAUUAGGUGGACAGGCUAAGGUAUGCUACAUAGGCUGGUUGAGAAUUAUAUGA